AUAUGUUUAUUUUAUCAGACAGAUAAAGUGAUUUAUAUAGCGACUGAGCCAGUAACUCCACUGUCUACAUACAUAGAGAACAAUGAUGCUGAACAGAGGAAAAAUCAACUUUCUAUAUCAUGGGGGCUUCAUAAAGUUACUAAAGGAUUGUCAUUUUUAGUGAAUGACUGUAACUUAAUACACAACAAUGUGUGUAUGUCAUCAAUAUUUGUGGAUCAAGCUGGUGAAUGGAAGCUUGCAGGUGUUGACUAUAUGUACCCAGCUACCGGUGCCGAGAGUGUUCCACCUGUCAAAAUACUACCUUUCCUAGAGAGAUAUGACCCUCCGGAAAAGUCAGAUCUAAAGAGGGGAAUAAAAGGAGAAAAAUGGUCAUCAGAUAUGUGGGGUCUAGGUUGUUUGAUAUGGGAAGUCUUCAAUGGGCCUUUACCAAGAACAUCUGCACUGAAAGCUUUUGGAAAGAUUCCCAAGAAUCUGGUGCCAAACUACUGUGAACUAGUUAGUGCUAAUCCAUCUUCCCGUCCGAAUCCUGCCAAGUUUAUCUCUGAUUGUUGUAGAAAAGGAGGAUUUAUGAAUAACCCAUUUGUGAAAACCAUGCUCUUUCUUGAAGAAAUCCAGAUAAAAGAACCAUCAGAAAAAUCAAGCUUUUUUGCAAAGCUUACAGAAGCUAUAGAUUCAUUCCCUACCCAGUUGAGUAGACACAAAGUUUUGCCUCAGUUAUUACAUGCCUAUGAAUUUGGUAACUGUGGAUCUAUGGUUCUAGCACCACUGUUUAAGGUAGGAAGAUUACUUGACCAUGAGGAGUACCAAGCUAAGAUUGUACCUUGUGUUGUAAAACUGUUUUCAUCUACUGAUAGAAAUACAAGGGUGAAACUCCUGCAGCAAAUUGAAAUGUUUGUGGAACAUUUACAUGCAGGAACUGUGAAUGAUAAAAUAUUUCCGAGUAUUGUAACUGGUUUUAUGGAUACAAACCCAGUAGUCAGGGAGAGUACAAUAAAGGCUAUGUUACACUUAGCACCGAAAUUAAACUACAAAAAUUUGAAUGAAGAAUUAAUGAAACAUUUUGCCAGAUUACAAGCCAAAGAUGAUCAGGGUGGUAUAAGAACAAAUACAACUGUAUGUCUUGGUAAAAUUGGUUCCUAUCUGAACCCUCAGUUAAGACAGCGUGUUUUAUGUUCAGCAUUUCUACGUGCUGUUAAAGAUCCGUUCCCGCCAGCACGUCAAGCUGGUAUUAUAGGUAUGGGUGUGACCCAGCAUUUAUUCACUAUGGCAGAUAUAGCACAGAAAUUGAUGCCCUCACUCUGUAUGAUGACCAUGGACCCAGAGAAACUUGUCAGAGAUCAGGCUUUCAAAACUAUAAAAAGUUAUCUAGAGAGGUUAGAGAAACUAUCAGAAAAUCCAGAUAUGUUACAAGAGCUAGUUUCUUUUGAAAUGUUAAGUUGGUUACAGAGAAUUAGAAAGGAAAGUGUUAUUCAAAUAUUUUACUUGGUAUUUUUACAGACUCCAGCACCAAGGAAUGAAAGUGUAUCCCGCAGUAAUACUCAAUCCUAUGAUAAUAAUGAUGAUGAUGAUAGAGGUGAUAAUGAUGAUGGUUGGGAUGAUGAUGAUGAUAAUUGGGGUUCUAUAGAGGAGACAACUACACAAUCGUCAAAUGCUAGGAAUAUAAACAGAGUGCAAGAUUCAUUUGGAAUUAAUAAAACAAACAGUGAAUCAAAGGUGAAUCAUAAACAGAGUAAACAAUCAGGUAGUGAUUGGGGUUGGGAAGAUGAUGAUAUGACAACAUUUGAAAAUGCUAGUGCUGUGUCUAAUAAACCAGUGAAAGGAGCUUUAAAACUUGGUGGCAUCAAAAAGGCCGCCCCACCAGCUGAUGAUUUCGGUUGGAUAGAAGAAGAGUUUGCACCUAUAGAAGACAGCAGUGUUAAACCAGCAAGUUCAUAUGACUGGGGCAACCCGGGAAGUGAUGCACUAGGGGGUGAUUUCUUUUCUAUGAUAGAUUCAGGUUCUAAGGUCAGUAAAUCAAAGAAACCUCAAACAACAUCAAGUAGCAGCUCUUCAAGGUCUACACCUUCCAGGGAGACCACGCCCUCCAACCAGAAAGUGACUGGUUCACAGUCUGGUAUGCAGGACAAAGGAGGCGGCACUGAAGAAUCAGGGUGGGGCGAUGCAAGUGGCUGGGAAGAUGAUAGCUGGGACAAUCUAUCUGCCUCUAGGGAAACAGAAGCAGAAAGGAAGAAAAGAGAACGUGAGGAAAAAAGGUUACAACGCCAGCAAGAGUUGGCACAGAAACGCGAGGCCAGGAAGGGCGGUGCAAUGAAACUAGGAGCCAAAAAACUAGGAAUUGAUUGAAUUGUGAUUUAAUUUAUGUAGAAA